AUGCAGGUCGUGUGCGACUUCGCGCACCUGAAGAUGGUGCACGGGGCAGUGCCCAUCGGGAAAAUCAUCUACACAAACCUGAAGGAACUAGCGAAAAAUCAAGACUACCGAUUUGACGAAGAAAUAGAAAACUUUUCCAAGUUGAGAGAAAAAAUAAUAACAAUGCAAAAUAAAGGAGUUAACGGAAAUUUGCUAAAAUUGUACAAGGAGUAUUUAUUUUACUUCGAAACGUUUAGAAAAAAAAAUUUAUUAAAGGAGAAAAAAAAAUUGCUAUGGACUAACGACGCAUUUGAUGAGAAUAAAAAAGUGGAAUACGAAUUUGAGAAGGAACACAUUUUGAUCAUAUUUAACAUCGGCCUAGUAGCAGCCACUAUGUUAAAAAUGAAAAAAAAUUCAGAUGACGUAAAAAUGUUGAAUAGAAUGUCUCACGACGUAGUGGAGAUAUUCAAUUAUUUAUUUGUUAACAUGAAUGAGGAUAAAAUUUCACAGCUACCUGAUAUAAACUGCCUAACGUGUUACCUAUUUUUGUGUAUAUCUAUGGCAUAUCAUGAAAAUAUGUUUUACAAUACAGCCCUGGCGAAGAAGUACAAGCGGAACUUAUUGGCAAAGCUUUCUUUUAAUAUACAUAGCCAUUUUAAGAAUGCACUUAGCUGUUUAGAAGGGAAGGGAUUGCAUUUAUUUUUUAAGAACCCAUCUAAAUUAUUAUCAUCUACGGAGAUAGGAUCAAGUUUGCAAUAUAUCAGAAAUAGUAACAGUCCAUUUUACAACUUCUUACAAGUGAAUAAAAUAAUUUUUAUUUGUAUUAGCAAUUUCCACACAGCUCUGAAAUACGCCACUGUACAUUCAGACAUGUUAGAGGAUAACAUAAAAAUUGAGAAAUACGAUUUAGACAAAAUUGGAGAAAUUAUAUCUCGACUUAAGUACAGUCAGGAAAAUGUCCAAAAGUGCGUAGAUCUUUGCAGGAAGUAUAACUUUAAUAUUAACCUUACCUCCUUGAGGGAGAAAAUUCAGGUAGCUAUAGAUUACUUCGAGUACGAAAAUAAGAACAUAUAUUUUGAAGUCAUUCCUAGUUAUGAAAGUCUGAGUGAAAUAAAAGGGACAUCUGAAGUGAUAAAAUUGAAGGAGAUAGACAUGUCAUCCAUUUACAUCAAAAGGGAUAACAUUUCUUCCAGAUUGAAAUUACUUUUUAAUGAGAAAGCAGAGUUAGUUUAUAAUCUGUAUAAUAGUGAAGCUAUCAGUGUUUAUGGUAUCUUUUACAAAAAUUUUUUGAGUCUACGGGAUCAGUAUAAGUUGAUAAAUUUGAGUUACAGAAAAAAUGUCUUACUGACUCUUCACAACGUUAUUAUUAACACGUAUAAUAAAAUUACAAACCUGUAUAGGCCGACCCAUUUCGAGAGUAACUUAGCAUUUUUGCAAAACAUGGAACAAAAUUUGAAAGAAAUUUUAACUCAAGCAGAAAACAGCCUAACUGCAGAACAUACAAAUCAUGUAGAAUUUCAGAGGAAAUUUUUAAACGUAGGAAUUAAUCAAGAAUCUGUUAAUUCGUAUAACUCCUUUUUGUAUCAUUUAAAUAUUUUUAAAAAAUCAUUAGAAGAAAUUCACUCUAGUGUAGAAUCCUUUCGGAAAUUUCUUCAAGAUAAUCAACUCCACUUUCAAAUAUGCCAAAUGGAUGUCUCAACUUUUGCUAAGUAUAUCGUAGACGAUUUGAAUACCUGUACUAAUGUAAAUAUUGAAUCUUUGGCGAAUGAGUAUAUGCAGUAUUGGAAUUUGCUUUGCGAGGAUAAGGAUAAGGAUAAGGAUAGAGACAACGAGACGAACUCUGUGAGCAGCAUUGGUGAUUUGUCUGAGGUAUCUAGUGGGACUGGACCAUCCUUGAAUUACUUAGAUUUCCAUUCCUUCUUGAAGAGUCAGAAUUUGAGUUAUGGACCUCAGAAUAGCAAUGCGGUUAUCGAGAAGAACCUUUUCCACUAUGACGCUGUGAAUAACUACAUUAAUGUGCACUCGGAGGAGAAGCUGUUCUUUGUCAUCCUCGCGAUUUACUUUUCGCUGAGCAUACAACUGGCCGCGUUUGGCACCGACCUGGAGGAGCUCAAGAGUAGCAUGCACGACGUCUUCCUCAACUCGAUCUCGGAGGAGCGCGACGAGGACAAGCUGAACGACCUGCUGCAGAAGCAGAAAGCCGCCCUCAGCGCCAAGAAAGCCAAGCUGGAGGAAAGCGUUGCGUCCUUCGAGAAAAACCUCAACCAGUUCUAUGACCACUACCACGAGUACAACAAGCUGGACUACUUUAAGACGAUCGAG